AUGCCCAUUCAUGGCCUCAAACCCCUGCAAGGGCCUGCGAAGCCUGCCCAUUUCGAUAUCGAGAAAGUGAUCCGGCCUAACAUUCUUUCUCUCCACCCAUACCGCUGCGCGCGGGACGACUACCAGGAAGGCAUCCUCCUCGAUGCGAACGAAAAUUCCCUGGGGCACUCCAUAACGAAUGACCCAGCGUCCCUCGAUGCACCAGAGCUGGCAUCCACACUGGAGCUCAACCUCCAUCGCUACCCUGACCCGUCCCACGACGACAUCAAACGCCGCAUCGCAGAGCUGCGGGGCAUCCCUGGGCCAGACCACGUAUUCCUGGGCGUCGGGUCUGACGAGGUCAUCGACCUCCUCAUGCGCGUCUGCGUCGCCCCCGGCACGGAGAAGAUCCUGAUCACGCCGCCGACGUACGGCAUGUACGCGGUGUGUGCGCAAGUCAACGAUGUGGGGGUUGUGAAAUGCAGUCUUGAGCUGGAGGGCACGUCUGGCGAGGGCGGGGAUGGGGGGAGAUUCAGCGUGCGGGUCGGAGAGAUCAAGGCAGCGGUCAGCGCUGACCCUUCGAUAAAACUCAUAUUCUUGUGUUCCCCAGGGAACCCUACUGGCACCCUAAUCUCACUCUCAUCGAUACGCGAAAUCCUUGACUAUCCCGACUUCAAAGGCAUCGUCGUCGUCGACGAGGCCUAUAUCGAUUUCGCAGGAGACCAUGCGAGUGCCGUUGCUUUGGUGCAGGAAUACAGCAACCUAUGCGUCAUGCAGACACUCAGCAAAAGCUUUGGGCUCGCGGCUAUCAGACUAGGGAUUGCAAUCGCCCAACCACCGCUCAUCCAGGUUCUGAGCAAUACGAAGGCGCCGUACAACAUCUCCACGCCCACAGCCCAUCUCGCGCUAUCUGCGCUGUCCCCACCAUCGGUGGAGUCCAUGCGUCGGAAAAUCAGCACGCUGGUCGCAUCGCGCGGGAAGCUGCUGGCUUCGUUAGCCGCGCUCGCCCCCCUGGGUCUGGGGCACUCCAUAGGGGGAAACGACGCCAACUUCGUCGUGGUCCCCGUGUUUGACGCCCCCGGAGGCAAGCCGGACAACACGCGCGCGCAGAAGGUAUACAAGUCCCUCGCGGAGGAGAACGGUGUCGUCGUCCGCUACAGGGGGAGUGAACCGGGCUGCCCAGGGUGCUUGCGGAUUACCGUGGGCACAGAGGACGAAAACGAGACCCUGAUACACAGGCUCGGCGAGGUGCUGAAGCGAAUAAUAUAG